AUGGGCAAAGUGAGCGACAACGAGUCGCGGGUCAUCGCGCGGCGGCUGGCCAUGUUCAUCCCCUCGUUCUACCUCUUGUUCUACGUAGUAGCUGGCGUCUUCAUCAUGGCAUACGACCUCGACUACUGCGGAACGCUCCCGUUUGAGCAUGCCAAGUUUGCCGAUGGCUCCGAUCGUGGCCAGGCUGCGCUCGCCACUACCACCCUCGCCUUUCUCCUUGCGCCGCUGCUCAUGGUCACCAUUGUCAAGUCGUCGUCAAACGCUUGGGACUACGUCGUCACCGUCGCACUCCUUCACGUUGUCCUCGCUGCCGCAGUCUCCGCCUCGUGGCCCUCCAAUUGGCGCUGGUGGGCCACGGUGGCGUCCAUGACCCUCGUCCUCGCUGUCGUCUCGGAGCUGAUCAACUACCUGGCCGAGCUGCGCAGGACCGCCAAGGUAGCCGAUGCCCUCAACUCGUGAUAAGUAGAGGCAUUUCUCUGCACCAGCCCAUCGCCCAGCCUUUGUAAAGGCACCCCGCUUGUAG